AUGUCUACAUUAACCUCUAGAGAUCAUCUUGUUCAGCGCCAUCCCACCGCCGUCAAUAAAACCAGCCCUGAAUACAAAAACAAUGUCGAGGAAUGGCAGGGUUUGAUUGAUGAUUUGAAAGAGAGACUCAAGGAAGCCACAGGAGAAGGCAAGCCCAAGAGUAUUGCAUUGCAUAGAAAGCGUGGUCAAUUAUCUGCUCGUGAGCGUGUGGAAUUAGUGCUCGAUGAAGAUUCCCCAUUCUUGGAACUAUGUGCGCUUGCCGGCUAUGAUCAGGAUGACAUGACACUUGGUGGUUCUCUUGUGUCGGGCAUUGGUCUUGUCAGUGGUGUCAUGUGCGUUGUCUCUGCAAAUGUCGCUACCAUGGCAGGCGGUGCCAUGAAUGAGACUUCGGCUCUCAAAGGUGGCCGUCUUCACCAAAUUGCAAUCCAAAACAAGCUGCCUACUGUGACAUUUGUGCAAUCUGCUGGUGCCAACUUGCAACAACAAUUCCGUGUAUUCCACAGAGGCGGUGCUGGUUUUCGUAAUCAAGCCAUUCAAUCCAAGGCAGGUGUUCCUUCUUGUUGUGUUGUAUUCGGUAGUUCUACUGCUGGUGGUGCUUACACUCCUGGUAUGAGUGAUUAUGUCAUUAUGGUCAAGAAACAAGCUCAAGUUUUCUUGGGCGGCCCUCCUUUAGUUCAAAUGGCUACAGGUGAAAUCACUGAUUCUGAAAGUCUUGGUGGUGCUGACAUGCACUCCCGUGUUUCCGGUGUCAGCGAUCAAUUGGCAAACGAUGAAUUUGAUGGUAUUCGAAAGGCCCGUGAAUGGGUUGCCAACUUGAAUUGGGAACAAAAGGGCAACUUACCCAUAAGACAUUUGAGGUGCGAAUAUGAGGAGCCUUACUACCCUGCUGAUGAAUUGCUCGGCAUCGUGUCUGCCAACAUUCGUAUUCCUUUCGAUGCUACUGAAGUCAUUAUUCGUCUUGUCGAUGGCUCUCGAUUCACACCCUUCAAGCCAAACUAUGGUGGCAAUUUAGUGUGUGGUUGGGCAUUUAUUCAAGGUAUUCCUGUCGGUAUUCUUGCAAACAAUAAUGUUAUCUUCACGCAAGAAGCCAAUAAGGCCACACAGUUUAUUCAGCUUUGUAACAUGAAAAACACUCCCUUGAUUUACUUGCAAAACAUCACUGGUUUCAUGGUUGGCAAGAGAUACGAAGAAGAGGGUAUCAUCAAAGCUGGCUCGCGCUUCAUCAACGCUGUUAGUAACUCUGCUGUCCCUGCUAUUACAAUUAUGAUGGGUGCCAGUUAUGGUGCUGGUAACUAUGCCAUGUGCGGCCGUGCUUAUGAGCCAAGAUUCUUGUUCUCAUGGCCCAACUCUAAAUGCUCUGUCAUGGGUGCAGAGCAGUUGACUGGUGUUCUUGAUCUUGUCAUGCGUCAAGGUGCUGCUAGAAUGGGUCAAAAGAUUGACGAAGAGUUGGCUAAUGAUAGAAAAGCAAUGUUUCAAGCAUCUGUCGAAGCUGAAUCCGAUGUGUACUAUACGUCCUCUCGCUUGUUGGACGAUGGUAUUAUUGAUCCUAGAGAUACACGUACUGUCCUUGGCUUCUGCCUUUCUGCCAUCUACAAUCAUAAGGUGGAAGGUGGCAACUUGUACGGUGUUAGUCGCAUGUAA